GUGUCCGCAUGGUGCUGUGCAGAUAGGUUCGACUUCGGACUUGGGUUCGACACAAACCCCUCACGCCACGAGGAGGGUCUUGUGAUGAGACUACCGGUGCGUGCUCAUUAGCGCCCUGAACAACUUGGCUUCGUUCCUUUGGCCUCCGCGUGCUUCAGCCAUCGACUAUGCGACAUGCUACAACACAGACAACUCCCUCAGCUCCCGCUGGAACUAUUGGAUGCGAUCUUUGAACAACUAUCUGAGCACGCACAUGCGGAGUCUUUCGAGGCUGACACCGACAUGGCAAACAUGUACAAUGCAAAAACAGCCCUCGCUCGGAGUGCGCGGGCGUGUCGUGCGUUCCAUGAGCCUGCACUGAGAGUCCUAUGGAGGAAGCAGCGGCUAGGUCGUGCCUGCAGUGCCGUGCUGUCACGAUUUGAUUUCGGCUCUGUCAAGUGGCCUGAACAGGAGGAUGAAACUUGGGGAGGAGGAACCGAGUCGGAUGAUGAGGCAAACGAUGACAUGGCUGUGGGUAUCGAUUCAUGCCACUAUCCCUUCAACUACAGUUAUCUACCCGGGCCUGUUGCCGCUGAAGAAUGGUCGCGCUUCGAGUACUACGCCCAGUUCGUCCGCGUACUGCGCUACUCGACCGACGAGACGAUCGACCCUUCCGUCUUUUUCUUCCUUCAGCAGCAUGCUCGGGGCAAGCCUCUCUUUCCAAACCUGCAUCAGCUUGUAUGGGAGCAUGCCACACCCGAGCUGGUAUCCGUGAUCACACCAAGCAUCCGUGUCCUCCACCUCCCGCAGGACUACGCCGAGAUGGAGAAUGGUUCUCAAUCAUACGAAUAUGGAUACCGUAUGCGACGACAUGCGUUCAAGCAGCUCCUUCGCGGCGUCCUCGAACGUCUCCCCGAUCUAGCGGAACUCACGCUGCCUGUGCUUGGGCACGAGGCCUUCUGGUUCCCGCUUCUCUCAAGGCCCGACAACCACUUCGUGACUCAGGGCAUCCACACUCUACACCUCUUCGAAUCGCAUCGCGCCCUCAUGCGAGCAGGCCUUGCAGCCCUGUCCACGAUUAGGGCACUAACAGAGCUUGAUAUCAUGCUCGAUAGUCGAGGCUCUUAUGACCCGGCCAACAUGGAUGAUGGUCGCAACGUACUACUGCCCAUCGGUGUAUUUGCCGGACUCAAGCGCCUACAGAUCGACGGGCGAACGGUGUGGGUGCGCGCUGUCUUCCGUGCGAUCGUUGCACCCAAAUUGGAGGCUGUAGUGCUGGCAUGUGGGACCUGGCUGGAUAGUCAAGAUACCGCUGCGGCCCUAGAAGAGAACCACCUAUGCGCGAUCUUCAGCGACCUACGCCGCCGGAACGCAGUCUUCAUGCAAAAGCUUCACCUCACCAUCCCUCACUACAGCGGGGUCUUGUUCCCCAAAGGUACCACUCCUGACACACAUUUUGCGUCUUUGGCGAUUCCACUGGCCGAACUCUCUCACCUCCGCGAUGUCAUGAUCAGCCAACCCAAUUUAGACGGCGAUCAUUACUUGUCCAUCAGCGUACCUGCCUUGGUAGCGGCUUGGCCGGCGUUGCAGACUCUCGCCUUGCCAGAUCUCUUUGUCACCGGAGAGGCGCUAGAAAUCAUCUCGCGUACAUGCGCUCUGCUAGAGCGUCUCACGGUCAGGACACUGUCCUGGUCACGGUCUAAUGUCCCUGGCAUAUCGCAAGGCAUCCCCUUCCGCUCGUACGCUCUGGUCUCCGACGCCAACAAGUCCAUGCUCGAAGAACUGCGCUUCGGGGAGCAUGUGCACGGUGUGAGCGCUGAAGCUGUUGGUGAUAUUGCGUACCUCCUGGAUUCUCUCUUUCCUCAGCUGGUACCCGGGCGGUGCUCGGUGACUGUGGACAUAAAGAGGGACGCCAUAUCCUUUGAUGUCAUGGAUGAAGUGGCGAAGUUGCAACAGGCGCGACGAAGUGGUGCGUAGUACACAAUAAUCGUAUACCUUCAUACUGGGUUCAUGGGCAUCUUUCACCAGGAUGACGGCCGCCCAGGUGCAAGGGCCUGGUUGUGGACUGUUCGCAAUUGGCCAUUGCUACUAUAUCUAGUUUGAAACGGAAAUCAUCAGUAGUGUAGAUCUGAUAGCAAGCGUUUCAGUAAGCUAAAUGUGCCGUGCAUCUGGAAUCCGAGUCCUUGUUGGAUUAUAUGGGCGCGCUCUACAUUGGUCAGGUGACCGCGUAUCGCACGCGACGGCCACGGCAACGCGUCUUACAAGUAACUUACUUCCGUAUGCAGCUGCUGUAUGUAUGUAAAUUACAGUGUAAGAAACUCUCGGACUACCACUGACCAGCA